UUUUAUUUUUUUUGUUGUUGAUGGUGACUCAGCGCGACUGUAAGAGGGGAGACAUAUAUAGAAGCGGGAAUAAUAACCCACACGUUUUAGUACGUGACACGCAGCGAGCUGAGAGGAGGUGUAACGGAAUCGUGUGAGACGUCCGUUAUAACCGUCGGCCCUUCUCGAAGGUUCUGUCACUUUUGCACGAGCCGUCACGCAACGGUUGUCAAGGCAACACAAUCCAACCUUGUUUAUUUAAAGAGCCGCCGUGUAGAUAAGCGAAGAGCGGGUUCUCCUCGGUGGACACUUCUAAAUAAAGGACAGUAAAUUGAGAUCGCUUGCAAGUUAAUUUUACUUUCCAUUUGUCACUUGGCGCAGUGGGUGCAGCAAGGCUGGGAAGACAUGGUAGAUUACUAUGACAUUCUGGGAGUGUCACACAAUGCCUCUCCAGAUGACAUCAAAAGAGCAUACAGGAAGCAGGCCUUGCGGUGGCACCCAGACAAAAAUCCAGACAACAAGGAGGAGGCAGAGAGAAAAUUUAAAGAAAUUGCAGAGGCCUAUGAAGUUCUGUCAGACAAAAGCAAACGAGAAGCAUAUGAUGCUUAUGGCAAAGAUGACAUGCCAGUCUCAGGCUCUGGCGGUGGCUCUUAUCCCGACUUCCCAGGAUUUACUUUCACAUUCCGCAGCCCAGACGAGGUGUUUCGGGAGUUCUUUGGAGGGCAGGAUCCAUUUGCUGACUUCUUUGAAGAUUUCUCGUUUCGGGGCCUACACAGUGGGAUGCAUAGUGCUUUUCCUGGACACCAUGGCCCUUCCAGACUUGGGACCAGCCGUUUUUUCUCCUUUCCCUCAGAUGUUGACUUCAACACCUUCUCUUCUUCCUCACGGGGAGGUUUUGGCACUGGAGGGGGGAAUAUUAAAACUGUGUCCACUUCCACACGGAUUGUCAACGGGAAACGAACCACAACAAAAAAGAUCAGAGAGAAUGGGCAGGAGAGAACAGAGAUUGAGGAAGAUGGGGUUCUGAAGACUGUCCUAAUCAAUGGUGUAGAAGAUGAGAUGGCUUUAGCUAUGGAACUCAGCCUCAGGCAACAAUGUAGUCAACCUCAUCGAACAGAACAGAAUCAGAUCCCUGCCAACACUGCCCACUCUAAUUUGGCCAAUCACAACCCUCGAAACCGCACCCAGCGCUCCUUCAGCUCCACCCCUUUCUUCAGUUACCCCAGCGACAAUGACGAAGAGGAUGAAGACCUGCAGAUGGCACUGGCGUGCAGUCUGUCCGAGAUGGAGGCCCAGCAGCGGGCAGCUGACUCCACCCAGGACAUGGUCUCAGGUGCCAGGGGAGGGCGGGUCAAGCAGUGGAAGGGGAAAGAUGCUAAUCAUGAGCCUAUAUCAGUGAGGGAUGGGAUACAUGAAUCAGCACAUGAAUCAGUACAAACCACCUGUUCAUCUCUAGAGGAAAACGGAACAGGGAAUGAAAGAGGGGGAUUAGAAAAGAGUGCUAGCCAGGAGGCAGUUCUUUUAGAGGAUAGGAAAGGAGAAGAGCAAGUUGUCAAUGGUGCUACUGUGAUGAAACGUAAGAGGAAGUGUCAGUGUGUGGUUUGUUGAGUUGAAAUACUAAGUAAUCAAUAGGCCUAAAACAUAUGGAGAACACGCUGUUCAACAUUGCUGCAUGAUAUUCUUAACCCUGUUUAUGGCUGCUAUCUUGACCUUAAUCCUAUCUAAAGUUUUGUGUAGUGUGAAAAAAAAAAAGAACUCUUUGUCUGUUUGUCAGAGAGGUUAACAGUAUCCGUGCCAAAGAGGAUAGUUCUGCUAACUCGCUGGUUUUAUUCGAAGAUGUUAAUACUUCAGAAAGCUCAAGCAGUAUUGGUUUUAUACUAAGUUAUGUUUGGUAGAUAAUUUAUUUGGUUUGUUUACUGUUGGUUAUUUUGUCUUAUUUUGCAUUAUUUGAAGUUCUUUUCAAGCUCACCAGUGCAAAAACAGGAUAGAUUCUGCUGUGUCUAAGGAUGUGCUGUAAUGCUAUGCCUCAUACAUUUAAUGUUAUUCAUCACAAUGAUGCGAUAAAUUACCCCAUUGUACUCUCUAACUACAAUCAAAUCUUAGGGAAACUAAACAGCACUUAAUUCAAGUGCAGUGAAUGUCUGUUUACAAUGAACAAUGGAACAGGGGAUUUUGUUAAUGAAUGUGUUGUAGAUUGUAGUCGGUGUGUGUCAGAAUGAAUGUUCAGUGCCUUGAAAAUGUUAUAUAUGAUGUGCCAACUAUUGUCAGUGUUGCCAAUGAUAAGAGAUAUGUCAUGUUGUCACCUGCUUAUCCAUUUUUAAUGACAUAAAUUGUCAGGAGACCAUCACAAGUUUUUUUACCCAAUUGUCAGAUUAAGGGAGAAUCAGUUCUCUUAUAAGCAAUAGGCAGAAUGUAAAAAAGCAACAAAUCAAUAAAAAAGCACAUGUUUUUAGAGGUACACAAUAAUGUCAUGUUAAGACAGCCUUUUUAUAUGAGUAACAGUGUCUGUUUUAUUGAUGAAUAUACUCUGAAAGUCUUGGAACGGAAAGAUGAAAAGUAUCCAGAGCUCUGGUAUAAUUAUAAAUAUAAUAUUUGCAUUUUUUUACACUUGUGUUUACCUGGAUUUGUCAGCACUAAGAGAAUGAAUAAUAAACCUCAAACAACCCCAAAACAAUUUUUUGUAUAAAAUGAGCUAUAUUUUGGCCCCUUACACUGUCUGAGACUUUCUCCUACUUUUGCUCGUCCACUUUAUUGAAUGUUUUUCUUUAUACUAAAACAGAUUACUCUAGUUUAUCACCAGUCCCUUUUUUUAAUGUAUCUUAUCUGCAUCUUUAUAUAUUUGUGAUUUGCUGUUUACUUGACUCCCUCUCCCUGCUGUUUCAGAGUCUGACUUCCAGGCCUUCAGGGGCUAAGUGUUCACCAAGUCCCUCCUUCUCUCCCCCUGAGGUAAAGAGAAGUUUAGCAUAAACACCAAACCCGGUACAUGUUUAUUUUGUGUGCAGUGUCCCCUAACACCAGACCUUUAUUUCUGAAAGGGUAGGCUGCCCUUAAUUUUUAAUUUUGUAUUUGAUGGUAGACUUCAUUAUGUGCAUUUAAAUUUGAAUUUGUAAUCAGAGUAAAUCAUAAUGAGUUCUACCAGCUCAAGGGUUGCCGAAUCCUAUAGUGUCUAAUAGUACAGUAGUAUUACCUUUAUAUAAUUUAAGACUGCUUAGAGGAUAGCAGUAUGAUAAGGGAAUAAAUUUAUUCAUGUGUCUGUGUAGUGGUACUCACUUUACGAUUUGCUAGUCUUGGCAUGUGGAGUGGUGUGGUGUGCAGUAGAGCAUUAAACGUACAUACAGUAAGUCUGUCUCAGUGACAGCACUAAUGUUUCGUCCGUCCAUGUGCCCUGAACAGGUGAAGAGCUCCCAUUUGCUCUACUCUCCCUCUGGCUGUCCUGCUGCUCAGACUCUUUUCAAAGUUUUAUUUGGAAAAAUACAAGAAAAAAACAAGUCAAUAAAUCUGCUAAGAUUGUGUAUGUGUGUGUGUGUGUGUGUGUGAGAGAGAGAGAGCGAGAGAGAGAGAAUGCAUGAGUGUUUACAAAUCUCAAGAUUAAAAAAAAUGGAAAUCUAUUUAACAAUAUGAUGAUGUUCAUAAAGAUUGUCAAAUCUCAUUUGUGGAAUGUUAUCAUGUCUUACGUAAAAGGUUACUAGGCA